AUGGCAUCACAAGCUACUGCUGCUGCUUCCAGCAAUGCGAAUCAACAGCAGCCAUCAAAUACUCUGCUCGAACCAUUCUAUACUGAUCUGCUGGAAAGCUCAUUUGCAACCAGCCAAGAAGCCAUUGAAUUCUGUCGAGACUUGUGUGCCCAAUACGGCUUUACAGUAAAGCAAGAAUCGAGCACCCAUCGUAACAUUUACGUCUACUGCUCCCGCGAAGGACUUCCCGACUCUGUCCGCAACCCAAAGCGAAGUCCCAAACGCAAGAGGCCAUCUAAACGCUGCGACUGCAAAUGGCGCGUCGUGUUGAACGAAAACAAAGAAACGCACACAUGGCGAUUCCGCAAGUCCAACAACCCCGAUGCCAUGAUCCACAACCAUUCGCUGAUGCGGCCCGAAGAAAUCGAGCGCGGCUGGCCUAAAGAAGUGCAUGACGUGAUUUGCCGACUGGCUCGCGAACGCAUGACUACACAAGAAAUCCGACAGCAGGUGCAAGCACAGUUCUCUAGCAUUACAUGGAACGAACGGCGCUUCUACAACCGCUUAUCGGAAGAACGACAAAAGAUUCGCCAGCAAGAGACGGUGGAACGCGCGCAUCGUUUGACGGCGACCUGGACUAAAAUAUGCAUGGCUGCUGCCGGCUGUGAUGAGCUCACAGAGUAUGCGCAGACCCAUGUACUUGAGCUGCUGCAUACAAUUUGCGACAUGGCGCAGAUUUCAAUAGAUACUCUUGAGAAAAAUGUUCCUGUGCUUAUCCCUGAUUCGAUCCCGGAAGAGCCAAAUCUCUUGUCUGCCUCGUCAUCGCCAUUGUCGUCCUCCGCUUCGCCUGCUGCAGUUCCUGGUGCUUUACCUUCCACCAAUACCACUGUCGCCGGUGGCGGCCCUCUUAUCACUAACGAACACGAUGAAGAGCUCUACAACAACAAUAACAAUGACAUGCGCCGUUAUUCGUUGUCAGUAUCAGAGCCAGAUGUAGACAUGAUGAAGCCGCCUUCUCGCCAAGGUUCUUGGCAGGCCGGUGCCGACAUUCCUUCCACUCCUACUAUCACCGACAGCACCAAUAACUCGCUAUCUACAAAAUCAGCAUCCCAGUCGCAACAACAGCAACAGCAAGAAGUGCCCAAGAAUUUCACAAUGGUCGUAAUACCAAAGCACGCUUACCUUGUCAAGGUCCACAACCAACGGUCAUUGAACGAAAUGCAAAUUCAACGCACACAUCGUCGUUCACGAUCAAUUGGACCCGGAGAUGAUAUUGCCGAUGCACAUAUGCGAAAGCAUACUAAAUUCAACAACCAUCAUCACCAUCAACAACAACAACAACAACAGCAACAGCAACAACAGCAUGUGAUGUCAAUGAACAGCACCAUGCCUCCUCCACCUUCCCCUCAUCGCUCUAUGAUGCCACCGCCACCACCGCCACAACAACAACAACAGAUGCAACCACCAAUACCACAACAAUACCCGCAUCAACAUCACCAUCACUCUAUGGUCUAUCCGCCACCGCCGCCUCCACAACCACAUCCUUCCAAUAACACGACUACAACCUACGAUCAUAACACCAUGUCCCUCCCACCUACUACUACGACUGCCUAUAUUCAACAAGAAGCACUUCCAUACACCAUGGCACCACCUCCUUCUCGACAAGCUCCACCACAUCAACACCAUCAUGAUUGUAACGACUUGUCGGCGACAACAACGACGACGACAACACAGGAAGAUGCAAAUAUUGCAUUCCCACCAUUGGAUACAUCAAGUUCCACAGUAGCGAGCACACCUUCGCCAGUUUCAACAGGUACACCUCCUGCAGUUACAGCUUCGGUUAUCCCGUUCGGUAACCCAGUAACAGCAGCUACUACUACCACGAUGACGACAGCAACCAGCAGUAAUAACAACAACAAUCAUAGCAUAGACAGCCCGUUUAUGCCAAUGCAUCAACAACACCAUCGGACGAAAAAAUCACACCGACGCCAUUCCUACAAUAAUGUCCACCCACCUUUUCAUCAGUAUCCCAUGAUGUCAGGGCAAGCAAUGUAUCAUCAAAAGCAGCAACAACAACAACAACAACAACAGCAAGUAGUUGGAAUACCUGCUGCUAUGGGAGGAGGAGGAGGAGCAGGUCGACCUCAUGAUAAUAGGCACCAUCACCAUCAAUAUCAAAGAGUUUCCCCCUCAAUGCCAAUGCCAACAGCAGCAACACCACCACAUCAGCAACAACAACAGCAACAUUCAAUGAUGGUACCAACUGUUCCAGAACAUGGGACACCAAGACCUGAUCAACAGAUUCCUUGUUAUGGCACUGGUAAUGGCUCGUAUUGGUGA